AUGGCAGAGUAUGAUGAUGUUCUCAACGACCUGGAUGAUAAUUACUAUCUAAUAGACGGAGACAAUCUAUCUCCUUCCCUUCAACCCUGGGCCAAUUCUAGCGACAUUGAAGAAUUCGACUCGAGCAGUCUCAACCAUUCCUCUGAUUCCUCAUGGACUAACCUUGACCCUUUAGAGGCGGCCAUAACGGCCACUCGAAAUGGUUCUUCUCCAGUUCUCAGCACCCUUUCUCAAUUCACAACCAUCCUAUCCCAAACUGGUAUCCACGGCCCUCGCCUCAUCAGACCGGCCAAUCUCACCACCCGAGCCAUUAAGAUCGGCUCCGGUACCCAAUUUACUGUAUUCAAGGACCCUAUCUUUGAAAGAGAGGUCAUCAAACGUGUUAAAGUUCCACUCCCAAAUAAGGUGGAACAGCGCUUCUCGACGAGCAAUGACUAUCGCUUAUGGCUAAGGACAUUGCUACUAGAGGUACUAUCGCUCUGUAACCCCGUUCUCCGUGCGCAUCCAAACAUCACCACUCUCGUGGCAUGGGGGUUCGAUUUCCCCUUUGCGGAUAUGGCCGUGCCCGUAUUGUUUAUGGAAGAGGCAAUGAUGACUUUGGGGGACUUUCUGGGUGCGGAGAAGAGGGGGGUGGAGGUAAUGUAUCAGCUUGCGCUAGGUGUAGCGAAUGGGCUGGAAGCGCUACAUAACCUCAAAAUUGUACAUGGAGAUGUUAAGCCGGAUAAUGUGCUUGUGUUUGACGGCCCGAAUGAGAACACCCCCUUCCAAGCCAAGUUGAGUGAUUUCGGGGUUUGCAUUGAUUUGGAGACACCCGAGCGGCGACUUGCGUUGAGUGAUUACCUGGGAACCCUGGCUUGGAUACCACCUGAGUUGGUGAAUAAGGACGUCUCGAGGUUUGGGGGGUUCUCGCCGGAACUAAUGUUCAAGUUUGAUGCGUAUAGCUUCGGCAUGGUUCUCGUGUCUAUCUUUACCGGUGGUCAGGUUCUCAUUCUGGAUACAAAACCUGACAGGGUCUCAGAUCAGAUUUCCAAGUUGUUUAACCAAGAAGAUAUACCUUCUUCUAUGCGCAUCGAACUACGGAAAGCAGCCUUGAAACUACUGUCCGAAGAUCCCAGAGACCGACCACUCCCAAGUGCAGCUUUGCUGAAAAUCGACUCCCCGGCAUACGCUUUCUGGUUUUCCUCCAUCCAAUCCCACUCCACAAACACUCAUGUAGGAAUCAUUGAUCCAAUAUACAACAAAGGUCCGCUCUUCUGGUACCGCCUCGAUCAGAGUAUUCGAAAAGAACUGGAGGAGCAACACGCGCUGAGUAAGGGAGCAGAUGCGCCUCCAUUUGCGGGGGAUGUGCUUUUUGGGAUAGCGCAGACAAUUACUGGCGAGAAGCCGAUGUACCUGGAUCGAAUGUUAACGUAUUUGGGCGAUGCAGCGAGGGUGGGAUACUCCCCGGCUAGGGCUGUAUAUGCGCAGAUUAUGGAGGCACAUGGUCAAACGCCGGAGUUCAGCAACGAAAUAUUGGAAGAGUGGAUGCUGCAGGCUGUCUCUGAAGGGUACCUUUUUGCGAAGUCUGCUAGACUGGAGAAGAGAGUGGAAGAGGCGAAGGGCCGGUUUAGAAGUCAGGGGGGCUUUUGUUCCGACCCCUUCGUGGGGAAAAGUGACGUUAAGAUGGCAAUUGACAGGGGAAAAGGGUUGGAGUGGAAGAUGAAGAACGGGGAUGUUGUUGAUCGUAAACGGAAUACGAUAUUGCAUGCUGCUGCUGCAUUUGGGGCUGUUGAUGCGUUGCAGAGUCUAAUAGAUGAUGCAAAGAUAGCAGUGGACGUGGAGAAUGAGAAUGCCGAGACGCCAUUGUAUAAGGCGUUUCAAGCGGGACAUACGAAAGUGAUCGAGGUCCUGCUUGACCAUGGUGCAAAAGCGUCCUGCAGAAAUCGGCAGAAGAUCACUCCUCUGCAUUGGCUGUUUAUGCUCCCCGAGGGUUCGAUCCGUGAAAUCGCAAAACGGAUGAUUGAAAGAGGAGCAGAUGUCAAUGCAGUAAUGGAGCCCAUCAAGGAACACAACAGUGGAUUUUCAGAAAAGAUCCAGAUACUUCACUAUCCAUUUGAACUUCCACAUGGGUCACCUCUUCAUUGGGCAUGUUUUUUCCGCAAAAUGACAGCCAUCGACACUCUCAUUUCGCUUGGGGCCAAUGUCAACGUAGUCUAUCAUGGCUCAGAUCCGUCAACCACCCCGCUUUCAUUGGCAGCGUACUUCGGGGAACCUAUGAUAGCCAAAUAUCUGAUAUCUCAUGGUGCGGACGGCGCUUUAUUGGACUCGAUGGGACGAAAUAACUUGCACGGAAUCACCAAGUAUUUUCCUGACCGACAUGGAUACCUGCGUCAUCACUGGCAUUAUUGGAUCCGACAUGGGACAUGGGAGCAUCAUUUGGCGCAGAUCGCGGAUUUAGUUAAUAUAUUGGUCGAGGCUGGCGCAGACAUCAACGCUAAGGAUAAGGGAAAACCUUGUUUGACUCCCAUUGCAGCGGCAGCCGAUCGAGGAUGCUGGGAUGGGGGUAUGAUAUGUGCAUUGCUGGAUGCUGGAGCUGAUUUGGGGGGAUCAGUCCUGACCACGGGAGAUACCGUGCUGCAUUCAUGGGCAUCUAUCGUUGGACCGCGUCUGGAUUAUCCCGAUUCAUACCUACCGACAUUAAAAAAGAUAGUGAAGGCUAUGCCAAAUCUUGACAUCUGCAACCGGUUCGAAGAGGCUACUCCACUCCAUGAGUUGACAACCAUAUACCACCCAGAGGAUGAAUUCGAGGCUGCAUGCAAGAUUUUCCUCGGUCACCCCCGUCCAGCAGACAUCAAUGCAAAGACCCGUCGCGGUGAUUCCCCACUAUCUAUAGCUCUGGAAACAAACCUCGAUCCUACACGACGCGGCCGCUUCUUGCUCGGGAAUGGGGCCGAUCCCCUCGUUCUCAACUACCGAGGGCGAGAUAUUUUCUAUUCAAUUGUCAACAACCUUGUUCUGACUGACCAAGACAGUCACGACCUCAUCCAGCACUUUCUCCACCAUCUCAGCCCUGAUAUCCAAAGCGCGUACACGAAGUACUACCUCCACAACCCUAACAGCAAUGAACCCCUCUUCGCCGCCGCACAGAGCGGAAAACCGCGCACGUUAAACCUCCUCCUCUCUCUCGGUCUCACCAGAUACAUCAAUAAGCCCAACACAUCAAAGUCACCACCAUGGACCCCACUAGAUCGAGCUCUCCACUCCGCCGAGCUCGGUCGCCGUGCACAUAUGCGGAGAUUGGCAUCAUACAAACAUGGUGGCGCACGCACCAAAGCGCUGGAGCAGAACCUUGUCUACGAUGAAACCCAAGGUCCGCCAGCCCGUGCGGCUGAAUCUUACAGGUCAUUUCCAGAGGUCAUCCGGAUCCUUCGAGUUGCGGGGGCUAAACGGACAUGUGAGUUGGAUGGUACGAAGGGGGAUUAUAUUGAGCAACCGAGGGAGUGGGAUCAAGAAGAGAUUCAAAAGUAUGGAUUUACAGUGGAAACACAACCGAAUGUGGAGGCAUGGGGGAAUUGUAUAAAUUGGCGAGAUAUCAGAGGAGUUGGCUGGGCAUAUUGA